CGAAUAGUCUCACCGAUGUUUUAAUUACUAAAAUUAAUGACCGAUGUCAGAUUAUAAUGCUUCAGAAAUACACCAGCAUUUAUCAAUAUAUUAAAAUAUAUUUUAAUGAAAAACAUGGAUACAAGUGCAGUUUUUAUUUAUAAUGUUAAACAGAAAGAAAAUUACCGUUCUUACUUUGACCCACUUAUCAUACUAGCGAUCAUAAAGCGCGUAGGCUAGUUCUUUUAUAUUUAAUAUAUUAUUUAUUAUUAUUAUUGAUCUUUUAAUUUUAAUAGCGCGUAGGCUAGUUCUUUUAUUUUUAAUUUAUUAUUUAUUAUUAUUAUUGAUGUUUUAAUUAUUAUUUUUUUAACAUUUUGGGUCUCAUUGUAAAUAACGAUACAUAGGCCUACAGGUUCUGAACUUCAGAUUAUGUUCUACGGCCAGAUCAGUAAUAUUGUCAUUUUAUUUUUUAAUAGGUAUGUUCUGUAAUAUAUGUCAGAAACAUUCUACACGGCCAGUGAAAGCAGUUGUGGGAAAAAGUGUUUGGGUUGAUGUACCUUGUGUUAAUUUUGUGAGACAAAGCCUAGUGAGACAUGUUAAAACAGAAUCGCAUAAAACUGCAGUGGAGCGUGAAACGGCUUUAUCGCUUUCAAAAAAAGAUGGAGGGAUCAUGCAAAAUUUCAAAAAUGUAGUUGGUGCACAGAAAAAGGCUUUUCUUGGAUAUUUGAAGAACAUGUACUUUUUAAUGAAAAGGGAAAUUCCACACACUACAAAUUUCAUUCCAUUAACAGAACACACCAUGGAGAUGGGAUGUGAAUACUUGAAAGACAUUCAGAUAGGAGGAAAUGCAAAAUACACAAGUAUGCGCAUUAUUCAAGAGAUGGUAGCUAUUUUAGGCAGACAAGUACAACAAGAAGUCUUCGACGAAGUCAGACAGGCUAAUUAUUUCUCUCUCAUGUUGGAUGAAACAACCGAUGUAUCAGUUAAGAAACAGUUAACAGUGUAUGCUCGGUACAUCAAGGAUAAAACUCCAGUUACAAAAUUCCUUCAAAUGAUUGAAAUGCCGGAUGGUAAAGCGGAAACAAUUUACGAUAGAGUUACAAAGUUCUGUAAUGAAAUUGAGCUCAACUACAAAGACAAACUUGUGGCUAUAGGCAGUGACGGAGCUAGUGUUAUGUUAGGUAAAAAAGGUGGUGUUGUUGCACUGUUUAAACGCGAUAUUCCAUGGUUGAUUUCCAAUCAUUGUGUUGCCCAUCGCCUAGCUUUAGCUGUGUCACAGAGUGCCAACAGAAUUACCUACCUGAAGAACUUCAAAGCAACACUGUUACAGCUGUGGAAGUUCUACUCCAACUCGUCUGUGAGAAUGGCAGGGCUCGAGGAGAUACAGAAAGUACUGAAUGACCCCCACCUGAGGCUUGUUCGAGCGAUUGACACCCGUUGGCUGUCACAUGAAGCAGCUGUGAAAGCUCUUUUGCUUUGUCUGAAGUCAGUGUACACAAGUCUAGACAGAGAGGCAUCUGAGAGACAUGAUUGUCAAGCUGAAGGUCUGCUGCACUUCACCACGAAGUACAACUUUCUGGCUACAUUAUGCUUCCUGGGUGAUGUGCUGCCACCUUUAACAAUUCUUUCCCGUGUUUUUCAGAGAACUGAACUGGACUUUGCAUGCAUGAAGUCGCAUCUUCAGGGAACUGCAGCUGCAAUCAGAUGCAAGUUGGAUGCUUGUCCAGGCAAACUGCUAAAGUCUAUACGAGAAAAGAUGGAUGAACUCAUUCCCAUUCAAGAUAAGCUGUCUGCUGUAACUGACAAACAGGAAGAACUGUUCACAAAACAGAUCUUCUAUCCAUUACUGGCAGCCAUUUUGGAGCAACUCGAACAAAGAUUUCCUGACUCAGACUUUCUAGAACAUUUCAAGGUAUUUGAUAGAUCAUUCUGGCCAGAAGAUUGUGGCAGCACCAUUGAAUACCAUGGGCAGAAAGAUAUCGAGGCAUUGGCAUCUCAUUUGCCAUUUACAAACAAAGAGGAUGCUGUUGAAGAAUGGAAAGUCUUCAAACCAGUGGCUGUUCUAGCCACCAAUGAGAGAUCACCAUAUAGCCUGAUGCUGAAACUACUCGAUUCUUCUCUUGCCAGGGGGUAUCCCAACCUGCACAAAAUAGCUUCAGUGGGAUUAAUUAUUCCUGUUUCCACAGCAGACUGUGAACGUGGUUUCAGCACCCUGAACAGAGUAAAGACAGACUUGAGAGGGUCAUUACUAGAAAAGAAUCUCAACAACAUUCUGGCAGUAACAAUGGAAGGGAAAGAAGCAAAGGACUUUGAUUUUCAUAAAGCUUGUGAGACCUGGGGCUCAAUGAAAAACCGGAAAAUUGAUGUUCUAAAGUGACAGUGGACUAAUCAAAUGAUUUUGAAGGAUGUAUUACUUUGUUAAUUAUGUUUAUCAUGAGAAGGUGUAAAAGAAAGACAGACAUGUACAUAUAUACAGAGAGAGAGAGAGAGAGAGAGAUAUGUAUAUAAACAUAAUGACUGAAAGAUGAAUGUUGAGAGAAAGUGAAGAUAUUCACACAUAUACUCAUGUACAUACACACCUAGAUGGGGAGAAAGAUUAUAUAUGUCAUGAGAGGGUGUAAAAGAGAAUCAUGGAGAGAGAGAGAGAGAGAGAGAGAGAGAGAGAGAGAGAGAGAGAGAGAGAGAGAGAGAGAGAGAGAGAGAGAGAGAGAGAGA